UCCGUGCAGUCGUGUUGGCCGGAGUGAAAGCGCCGAGGAAAAUUUGCAAAAUAAAAAAAAAGCAAACACACAACAGAGGAAGUAGAAAUAGAAAUAGAGAAAAGUAAAUAAGCAAACAAGUGCAGUUUCGUUGGGAGAGUGUGCACGGGAAAGGGAGAUUAAUCCCUCGGACCUAGCAUAUAGAUACAGAUACCUACACUUUUGGUGGUCCCCAAAAGAAAAACACGGAGUGCUGAAAAAGCAGAGCAGCCCCGAAGUACUCGUAUCCGCAACCAUGUCGACGCUACCCUUUCUGCUGAGCGUCGCCGACGAGCUGGACAACAUACACUCGCAGUCCUACAUGGACGACUUUGGCCUGGGCUUCCAUCCGCACCGCCAGUACUACCGCACGCCCACCAUCCAGCUGUCCCUGCCCGCCAGCACCGACUGGACGGGAUCGGGAUCGGGUCGCGACUGGUCCCAGGCGGCGGGCAACAGGCACAAUCGCUACCGCAGCUACAAAUUCUACGACGACUCGCAGAACAACCUGGAGGAGGAGGAGCCGCCGGUGGAGGAGCCCAUGCCGAUGCCGCUGCCCCUGGAGCAGGUGGAGCUGCCCCAGCAGCAGCAGCAGGAUAACCAAACCCAGCAGCCAUCAAGUGUAACUGCAACUGCCACGGCUGCGAAUACAGCCCCUGCCCGCAAGGGACUGGGCAUGGUCAACUCCCACUCCCAUGACGUGGGGGUGGGCGGUUUGGGGCUAAAUCUGAAGGCUGGCGAGGAGGAGGACGACGAGAACAUCGAUCGGACAGUGCGUAUGUACAAUCUGUCAAAGAAGUGCUGCAAGAACUACUAUCGCCAUGCUUUGGAGACCGGACCCGGGGCCAGUGGCAAGGUGAAGUGCAGCAACUUGCGCUCCGAGAGCCACAAGAGCAGCUCCAGCUCGGAGGAGAGCCUCCAGAAGAUACCUUCGCCCAUUGAGUUCCUCACCUGCUUCCUGGUGAAGAAGUCGCGCACCCCCAAGGCCACUGGGCCCGUGGGACAGCCGCUGAAGAAGACAUAGAACUCGGCCCGGCUGCUGCCAGCAGCGCUGUCCGCCAGGACCUCCAUCAUCAGCUCCACGGCCACCAGUGGAGCCGUGACCAAUGCGACCUCGGACACGGACACGACCACGUCAAAGCGAAGGAGCAACUGCUUCUGAAUGUUGGCCGGAGUCGGAGUCGCUUGUGGCCAGGCCUGGAGUUGGCUCCAGAGGUGCGGGGAGCUGCCCAGCUCGGAGCCCGCCUCGCUGCCGGCGACGCGCCUGGGCAGGAUCGCCUACUAGGCCCACUCGUCCGACUCCGAUUCGCAGUCAGAGGUAGAUAUUUGAUGGUAUAUGAUUUAGCACUGGGGUAACCUCUGGCUUGAAUAUUGAAAUUAAAGGAAUUUAUCGAAAGAGAUUAUGAAAGGUUAGCGACUUCGAUUUGCACUGGAAGUUAACGUUGGCUUGGUAUAAAAAAGUAGUUAGACGGAGCGUUUAAAGAAUUUUCAAAUCAAAGAAAAAUCAAAUUAAUUAAUAUUAAUUCUCUUUAAUUUGAAUUAAUUUUGAAUUUAAAAAUGUGGAAGAUUUUAGGAACUUUUUCCUUCUGGCAAUAUGAGCUAAAUAUUUUAUUCGGCCUCAAAAUUGCAUUUAAACGGAGGUCGUAGGUAAACUACAUAAUUAAUUUAGUAUUCGUUUUUCUGUGGUAAUUAAUUGUUUAUAUUUUUCUUCCAAGAAUUAAUUCAGUUAUCGAAUUGGCGAGUUUUCUGUGAAUUUAAUAUGAUUCAAUUUAAAAACCCUGUGC